CGCGGGCAGGCGGGCUGAGGGAAGAGGAGGAGGCCGCGGCGGAGCCGGCCGCUCGCCUGGUUGCCGGCCGGGCCCGAGGAGACCCGGCCCGGCCUGAGGCGGCCGGCUGGCCGGGAAGGCCCCGCGCGGCGUCUGAUGCAACCUGCCGGCAACACCCGGCGGGGCCGCUGAGCUCAUCCCUGGCCGCGGCCCAGCGCUGCGGCGCCACCCGCCGACCCCCGCGCUCCCCCCGGGCGCCCCUCGCCGCCGGCCGGGGACGGGGCGGGGACGAGGUGUGCCCCCUCCGGAACCCGGCCUCUGUUGGAGCGACGGGCAGUGGUGACAGGCUAGGCGCGUGUGGGCCCCUGGGGAUACAGGGUGUUCCCCAGAAGAGCAGUAGGUGGACCGUCCCUUACUGUCGUGCCGCAUCGGAUCUUGCCCGCCCCUCCAGGACCGCUCGGUGAGGGGAGGCGAGACUUCGGUUCCGAGGUACAUGUGAAGAUUUCUUGGCAGCUUAGUGUGGAAACCAUUGAUCACCUUGCCCUCAUUUCUGCCUGUUCUGUGUCAGCAAGAGAGAGUGCCCAAAUGAGCAAGAUAGCCCAGCAGAACAGUACUCCGGGAAUAAGUGUUAUUCAUACUCAGGCUCAUGCCGGCGGCUUACAGCAGGUUCCUCAGCUGGUGCCUGCUGGCCCGGGGGGAGGAGGCAAAGCCGUGCCCCCAAGCAAGCAAAGCAAAAAGAGUUCGCCCAUGGAUCGCAACAGUGAUGAGUAUCGUCAGCGCAGAGAGAGGAACAACAUGGCUGUGAAAAAGAGCCGGUUGAAAAGCAAGCAGAAAGCACAGGAUACACUGCAGAGAGUGAAUCAGCUCAAAGAAGAGAAUGAACGUUUGGAAGCAAAAAUUAAAUUGCUGACUAAGGAAUUAAGUGUAUUGAAAGAUUUGUUUCUUGAGCACGCACACAACCUUGCAGAUAACGUGCAACCCACUAGCACUGAAAAUACAACUUCUGAUAAUGCAGGACAGUAGACCUCACCCCUUCCAAACUUCACAACUUGUGGCUUGAACGUUAAAGGUGUGACUACCUACAUCACUCAUAUCAAUGGCCGAACAUUGUCUUGUUCCAUUAUUCAAAGACCCACUGAAGGUUGUUUUCUAGGAUCAGCACUGAAGAGUUGAUUAGCUAAAAAUGUUAGCCAUGUAAUUUGAAUAUCUAGUUUUAAAUGAUAUGGAUUUUUUUGUGGGGAUAAAACCAAUUUUUAAGGUAUAUGGUAAAAAAAAAAAAAAAAAAAAAAGCCCUGGACCUUGAUAUUCUUAAUAAAUCCUCACUUCCCAAGAAAUGCUUCUUUUGUAGGUUGAUCAAAGGAAUGGGGAACUGGCAGGUCCUGCAGAAGGGUCUUGGUUUUAUUGGAGAUGAUUAAUUAGACUAAGAGAAGUUGAAUGCCAUCUGUGUUAAUCUAUUUGUGUUUUUUUUCUAAAUUAUGUAUUAAAAAUCCUUAGGGCUAUAGAAAUCAAUCACUUUGUAAUUUGGAGUGAUUUUAUGUAUAACAUAAACCUGUUUUAGCCUAAUUAGUACUGUUUUCCCCCAACAAGUAUAAGUUUUUGAGUAGCGGUGCCAGGUUAAGUAAAUUCCAUUACGUUUUAAAGGCAGUAUACAGCCAGUGGCUUGAAAAUACUAAUGAUUAGGAGACAAAUAGGUUUCUUAAAAAUAAAAGUAAAGCAUAUUAGAAUUAUGCUUUCGGGAUACCUUUGGGUUAUUGGAUUGGCAUUAUUUUGUUUUCUAACAACAAAAAACCCCCAGGAGUUUAGAGAAACUUGUAUCUGUAAACUACAAUUUUUGUUUCUGUAGAUGCUGGUCAAGUUAAGUAAAUAUUUUUUGUUUCUGUAGAUGCUCGUCAAGUAAGUAAAUAUUUUUAAAAUACCAUUUUGACAGCCAAGUUAGUAGACAAAUGCCUUAACAGUUUACUGAUUGGGAUUUAGGUAACUUCUCCUGUGUCCAAAUAUCUUCAAUGGGGCCAUGAUUAUUAAAGGCAAAAAUUUCUUGUGAAGGAUCAUUUGGCUUUUGAUCUUAACCAAGUCAUUAUUAGAAAAAUACGUCAUCAACUCUAUGCCGUCUCCCAAAAUAAUAGUCUAAGAAAACUUGAAAGUGUAAGGUUUAACCUUUAAUUUAUUUCACUUAAAUACAUCUUUUUAUAUUGUUUUUGUGACAUUUCUUUUUCUAGUUAGUGGGCUCUUCUAGACUUUUGUACCACUGCUUCUGUUUGUUCAUUUGUAUGCUUUUGUGUCCCAUAAAUUAUUUUAGAAAGAAAAUACUGAUAAAACUCAGGAUAUUGACAUUUUUGUUGAGACUAAAAAAUGGCAGUCGCUAAAGUCGGGGAUCGCUAGGGUCUGGUUUAUAUCAGUGUUUGUGGUUUUGAUUGUCCUUGUUGAUUUUUUUUUUUAGCACAAUCCUAGCUCAGAUUUGUUGGUUUUUGUAUAUUUCUGUGUGUGUGUGUAUGUGUGUGUGUGUGUGUCUAGGCUGGUGACAAGAGACUGAGUCACAUCUGAUUAAAAAGUUUGUGUUACCAGGUAUCUUAUUUGAACAUGGUCACUUAAGUUUUUGGCCAUAUUGUUUCUUACUAGGACUUGGAACAGUGUAACCAGGAUGUGACUCAAGUUGCACCCUUGGGUUGGUACAAAAGUGUGGUCUGUGCUCUUCUGGGCAGGUGAAAAUACCACCGUGACCUGCAACUCAGCAAAGCCAUUAUUAAGGCCAUGAGCCUCUUCCACAUGUGACUGGAACCCAGCGUUGUUCCAUGAGAGCCACUGUCCCAGGAGGGUUAGCUCCCUGGAGAGCCAGGAGACAGGAUCAAGGUUUCUCUUAGGGUCUGACAUCGGUUUACUUUGGCUGCAGUAUCAGUCUACUUCUAGGUCGAUAGAUGUUUUGACUGACUAGGAGGUAACCCGCAGAAUCCUACUGAAUCUUUAAUAGCUGAUUGAUGUUAUAUAAUUAACCUAUUUAGAGGUACAGUUAGGUCACUUGAAUCGUUAAGCGCCUAUAAAGGUGUUACAGACAUUGUAAUCUCUUGUUUACUAAAAAAAAAAAAAAAGUCUUUCAGAAAUUGAUGUCCCUAUGGAAUUUAUGGUUACCAUUUAUAUGAACUGACUUAACUGUCUUGGAGAAGAAGCUUCAGGGAAAUCAUCAGGGGUGUGCACUCGAUAACUUCAAAUCCGAACAUAAGAUUGAAACUUGGAAAAAUUGAUUCAAGCUUUCCUGUUAACCUAUGCAAACCAGAACUUUAGCACAAGCCGUCAUGUAUGCGUAGAACAAAAAUGUUAACCGUUGUCUUGACUGUCUUACUGAAGUGUUUGGGAAUGAAAGUUUGCAGUUUGAUAGAUUUAUCAGUAUCAAAUUGAGGGAAACCAAGUAUGGGGAAUGGGUAAGUUUAGAGCUUUGGGAAUUGUUAAGAUGACUUUUGUAACUUCUGUUCUGUAGGUUACGUAUGCACCGUUAGGGUUUGAUCUGCCUUUGCCGGCAGGUCCAGUGGUUUAGGAAGUAGGCUUUAGUGUAAAUGUCUAGCUGCAUCUGAGUCAUCCGAGAUGGCUGCUUUGUGGAUGGGGUUGGCAGCACGUGGGGAGAUCAGAGCAGCUCUUCUACCGUCUGGCCCCUUGCGGUGACUGGAAUGUGAGCUCAGAUACUUUGGACAUUCUUGCUAAGAGGUAGUAAGAUAGUAAUAAAAUAUGACCAGAUGUUUGAAAGUUAGGUCACAAGUGUGAAAUCUGAAAUUUACAUAAAAAAGUAGUAUGUGCACUUUAGUAUUUGGUAUUAAAAGAAAUCAGCCUUUGGUGUUUCUCAGCCCCCAUUAGAGGGCUUGAAACAUACCUGGACAACCCAGUUAGCACUCAGAGUGCUUUUUGAUGCCUUAGAAAUAGGAAGCAAUUUUUUGUUUGACAAAAGCUAGGGAGGAGAAAGUCCAUUCUAAUAGCUGUUAGAGCUGCCUCUCAGGAAAAAGUCCUUACCUUGUUCUUUUUGUUCCUGGCUUUCCUCAGUUUGUGAGAUUACUCUAUUUUUUUAAAUAUAAUUUUAUUUCUUUCAAUGAAUUUGAAAUAAAAAACUUUGGAAUAA